AUGUCUACUUUACUAUCAGAAGAAGACUUAAGCGAUUUUAUUAGUCCAGCAUUGGUAUGUACUAAGCCUACUAGAGUUGAUGAAGAACCAGAUAGUGUCGAUUCAAAUGGUGAAUAUGUUGUUGGUAAAGAAAUAGAAACAGUACAAAAGGUGACCAUAACAUUAUCUGACUGUUUGGCAUGCUCCGGUUGUAUUACAUCAAGUGAGGAGAUUAUGUUACAGAGACAAUCACAUACUGUCUUUUUAAAAGAUAUGGAAGAGUUACAAGAGAAACGUCUAGCAGUCACUAUUUCACCACAAUGUCGUGUUAAUAUGGCUAUGUAUUAUGGGUUAACUGUUCAAGAAUUUGAUUUAUGUUUUAUGAACUUUUUCAAGAUAAGAUUUAAUGCUAAAUAUGUAAUGGGGUUACAAAUUGGUCGCAAUAUAUCUAUUCAAAAUAGUAUUGAUAGUGUUAUCCAAUGGAAAUCUCAAUUGAAAGCAAAUGAUGAUCAUAGACCAAGGCUCUCUGGAAUAUGUCCGGGGUUUGUUAUUUAUACAGAGAAAACAAAGGGUGAAUUGGUGCCUCUUUUGGUAAAUAUUAAAUCACCACAACAGAUCACUGGGAAACUACUAAAAGCACAAAAUCCAAAUUUAUAUCAUCUUUGUGUAAUGGCAUGUUUCGAUAAAAAAUUAGAAGCAUCAAGGCCGGAUUCAGUAGGUGAAGUAGAUUGUGUUAUUACACCAAAAGAAUUUUUAAGCAUGUUAGAUGAAAUCAAAGAACCAAACCUUAAAAAAUAUUUACCUAACACUCAUACUGCCAAUAUUCUUUCCCUAUAUCAAGAGUUGUCCCCUUUGGGAUGGGAUGCAAAGCUCAAUUGGUCCACUAAUAUGGGCGGUUCCUCCGGUGGUUGGGCAUAUCAAUAUGUAAGAGCAAUGCAGUCACUUAACCCGGACACCGAGAUUGUAGUAUUACCAGGUAGAAAUAGUAAUAUCAAAGAAUAUAGGUUAUUAGAUAAUAUUACAAAGAAAACCGUUGCUUCAUCCGCUGAAUUAAGUGGGUUUAGAAAUAUACAAAAUUUAGUAAGAAAUCUGAAUCAAAAUGGUAAGUCCCCAAGGAGACGAGUUGCUAUAUUAAAAAAACGGGGGAAAUUAAAUAAAUCUGAGAAUUCACAUAAUAUUACUGCAAUCUCUCCGAUGUCAAAUGACAAUAACAGCUUGGUUGCGGAUCCUUAUAAGACAGAUUACAUAGAGGUGAAUGCUUCGCCUGGUGGUUGUAUCAACGGUGGUGGUCUCAUCACAAUUUCAUCAGGUAAAUCGCAACGUAAGGAAGAAACAAUGAAGUUGGAAAAAAUGUAUUAUGAGUCCUUAUCUAUGGUGGAUCCCUUAUUGCCUUUGUCUUCCCCAUCUCAUGAUAAUUCAUAUUGUUAUGAGUUCCAUGCUAUUGAAUCUUCAAAGGAUAUUGUAACUGUGGGAAGUAAGUGGUAA